GUGGCAGAGAGGGCUCUGUAUUACUGGAAUAAUGAGUACAUCAUGAGUCUGAUCAGCGACAACGCCGCCAAGAUCCUCCCCAUCAUGUUCCCCGCCCUCUACAAGAACUCCAAGAGCCACUGGAACAAGACGAUCCAUGGUCUGAUCUAUAAUGCUCUGAAGCUCUUCAUGGAGAUGAACCAGAAGCUGUUUGAUGACUGCACGCAGCAGUACAAGGCCGAGAAGCAGAAAGAAAAAUAUAAGCUGAAGGAAAGAGAGGAGAUUUGGCACAAGAUAGAGGAGCUGGCCCGACAGAACCCACAGGUACUCCUCCUCACCUGCUCACCUCCUCACCUGCUUACCUCCUCACCUGCUCACCUCCUCACCUGCUUACCUCCUCACCUGUUCCACUGCUCCGCCUGA